ACCACAAGCACAAUCACACAUAGAACAGAAAAUUACGUCUCGACAGUCGGAAAAGUGAUCGACAAUGAGGCCACAAAUGAUCACGACUCUCGCCUUCGUCUCCAUCGUCGUCGCCGGCGCGUUUUCGGCCGGAGCCACGCCGUCCGAUGGGCUUCCCCUGCUUCCACCGCUGCUUCCCCCGCUUCCGGCGCUGCCCCCAUUGAGCGGGUGGCAGCCGAUCAGCAACCUGACGAGCGUGUGGGAAUUCGCCGAUUUCGCGGUGACGACGCACAACCACUGGGCCCCGGUUCACCAGGUGAAGCUGGUGGGCGUGGAGAAGGCGGCGUCGAAGGUGAUCGUCCCGAGCGUGAACGUGCUGUACCAGAUGGUCCUGACGACGGUCGACGGCAGCGCUGGCGUCGGAGUCGGCACCCAGCAGUUCAAGGCGGUGGUCGGGGUGCUGACAUCGAGCGCCACCGGCAAGAACGUCAAGACGCUGCUGGAGUUUCUUCCCAAGCUGGUUUAGAGGGCAGGAUUAGUAUUAAUGGUAGCUGUUAAUUAAGGAUGAUUCGUCCC